CAGACAAAUUAAAAAGCUUGGUUGUGUGAUGCUGCAAUGUAAGACUUUACAGUUAAUUGUACUAAAAAAAUAAAACCCACCCAACUUGAACUGAGGCAAUAACCUUCUCGCCCCCAAGAUUCCCUCAUUGUUUCCAUUAUGCCCUUCCAGUCCAUCAUCAAAGCAAAGGUCUCAACUCUCUCUCUCCUCCUCCUCCUCCUUCUAUUCUCUCUCCUCCCGUUAAAAGUCUGACCUUUGAAAACAAAACAAAGGCCAUGUUUGGAGAGAAAGAUCGUCGUGUCUCUAAUGGCGAGGCUGAGCCUGAGAGGUCUCUAAACCAAGGGAACCCAGGAGAGAAGAUGAGUGGUUUGUCUCAAAAGGGAAUUGAUUUUCUCAGAGAAUCAAAGAUAGGUUUCGAUGGGUUUGGCUUAAAACCCCAAGAACUUACUCUCAGCUACCUCUGUGAAAACAACCACAAUAAUUCGAAACUGGGUUUUUCUCUCAAGGGAAAAGAAGUUAUCUUUUCAGAUAAUUCAAACCAAGAUGAGAAAUGGGUUGAGAGGGAUUUCUUGAAUCUGAGUGAAACCAAAUCUAAUUCUUCUUCCAAACGACAAGUUCCCCGUGAAGAAGGUGAAGAAGUUGAAGAGAAUUCCUCAAGAGACAAGAAACCAAAGCUAGAGAGUACUUUAAAUCUUUCUCUAGCUUUGCCUGAGGUGUCUCUCUCUCUAACUGCAUCCAAUGCAUUGCAAAAUGUUGAUCCUUUGAUGGGGCGAAAUCGACAUGAGUUAUUGGGUGCGGAAGCAGCAAAAGUAACACUAUCGAACAACAACACACAAACAACAUGUUCUAAUGAUUUCACUGCCGCUUCACUUUCAUAUUCGUAUUCACAUCAGUUUUCACAUAAUCCUAGUUGUUCUAUGACUCGCAAUUCAACCGAGAAUUACGAGUAUUCUGUAGGGAGAGAUGAUCAAAUUUGGUGUGGAGGGGAAGGGACUAAUGGAUCGGUUCAUAGCCGGUUUAGGCCUAUUGGAGACGGGAUUGUUGCUCUGAACAAUAACAAUCAUGGUGGUGGUGGUUCUGUGAUGCAAGGUAAUUGUGCAACGAAUAAGGACUCGUGCAAUAAUAGUCUCUAUAAGACUACCAGUUCAGAUAAUCUUUCAUUUUUUCCAUCUGAAUUGCCGGCUAGGCCUCGCCUAGAUGCGUAUUCAGGUGAUUCUAGGAGAAGGGAUUCGGAGAAUUUGAGAGGUUUGGAGAGUGGAGAUGCAGAAGGUAGAGCAAAAAAGCUUUCUAGACCGGGGAGAAUUCUCCGUCAGAUUGUUUCUGAGACUAUUCCUGUUAUGGCUCAGAUCAUUCAGGAGGUAGCCGAAGAAACAUUGGAAUCCACCAAGGAGUACUUGAAGAAUCUUAUCGGCAUGCCUGAAAAGAGAGACGAGUUAGUUGGCCUUCAAAACUGGCUUGAAAGAAGGUCUGAUCUUACCAAGGAGACUCUCUUAAAGUGCCAAAAGGACCAGUUGGAAAUUUUAGUUGCGGUCAAAACGGGGCAUGGAAGUUUUGUUUCUGGGAAAGUUCGGCUUCCUACAAACGAGUUGGUGGAAAUAUUCUUGUUUUUGAGGUGUAGGAAUGUGAAUUGCAAGAGCAUAUUGCCUGUGGAUGAUUGUGACUGUAAGUUUUGCUCAGGGAAUAAGGGAUUUUGCAGCUCAUGUAUGUGCCCUGUCUGUAUGAAUUUUGACUGUGCUAGCAAUACUUGCAGUUGGGUUGGCUGUGACGUUUGCUCUCAUUGGUGUCAUGCUGCCUGUGGCAUACAAAAGAAUCUCAUUAGACCUGGUCCUAGCUUGAAGGGUCCAUCAGGGACUAGUGAGAUGCAAUUUCACUGCAUUGGAUGCAAUCAUGCUUCGGAGAUGUUCGGUUUUGUCAAGGAUGUGUUUGUGUGCUGUGCAAAGGAUUGGGGACUAGAAACUCUGAUAAAGGAGCUUGAUUGUGUUGCGAAGAUUUUCAAGGGAAGUCAGGAUUUCAAAGGCAAGGAGUUGAAUACCAAAGCUGAGGACUUGCUUUCCAAGCUUGAAAGAAAAAUGAUGUCUUCUAAAGAUGCCUGUAUUGCCAUUAUUCAGUUCUUUACCUAUGCAGAUAGUAUGUCAGAUUUUCCUGCUUCCGGUGUUUCUGUGAAGGAAUUGAUGCCAACAGAAGCUAGCCUUAGAAAAGAUGCAGUCCCCAUGCUGUCAGCACCUUCUAUUCCUCCAAAAUAUACCAUUGACAACAUGGGCUCUUCAAGUGGAAGACGUGAUUCACUACCAAAUGAUCUACUCCGGAAUAACAUCAAAGCUGCCCUCCAUGAUGACCUAAAAAUUGGAAGUGAGUUUAAGUUUGGGAAGUUACCGAAGAAUGAUGGAUUUGAUAGCUUAGAAAGCGUUGUGCGGAUCAAAGAAGCAGAAGCAAGAAUGUUCCAGAGCAAGGCAGAUGAAGCGCGGAGGGAGGCUGAAGGUUACAGGCAGAUGAUUCGGGCCACGUCUGAUAAGUUAGAAGAAGAAUAUGCGGAGAAGCUGGCAAAACUGAGUUUGCAAGAGACGGGAGAAAGACGAAGGAAGAAACUGGAAGAACUGAAGGCUUUGGAAAAUACCCAUUGUGAUUACUAUAAGAUGAAGCUGAGAAUGCAAGCAGAGAUUGAUGGUUUAUUGGAGAGAAUGGAAGCCACAAAGCAACAAUGGGUGUAAUCUAUUCCUUUUUAUUUAUAAUUUUGCUGACAGAUGAUGCUUAAUAGUGUGCAAUUGUCUUGUAUCUUUGCCAUUUUGGGCUUCGAAUGUGUGUCCUUCAAAUGCAGAAUGCACGACUUUCCUUCCUAGCCAUGAAACUGGGGAGCUUGAAAGCUCAUUGCUUUAAUAGAAAAGGAAGGAACAGAAACAGCGAGAUUUUAUCUUGUAGUAUAUUUCAGGUUGUUUGA